AUGGUCAACCCUACCAUGUUCUUCGACAUAGCCAUUGACAGCAAGCCCUUCAGCCGCGUCUCCUUUGAGCUGUCUGCAGGCAAAAUUCCAAAGACAGCAGAAAACUUUCAUGCUCUGAGCACUGGGGACAUAAGCUUUGGUUAUAAAGGUUCCUGCUUUCACAGAAUAAGUCUUGAAUUUAUGUGCCAGGGUGGUGAUUUCACACACCAUAUUGGCACCGGUAGCAAGUUCAUCUAUGGGGAGAAAUUUGAUGAUGAGAAUUUCCUCCUGAAGCAUACGGGUCCUGACAUCUUGUCCAUGGCAAGUGCUGGCUCCAACACAAAUGGUUCCCAGUUUUUCAUCUGCACUGAGUGGUUGGAUGGCAAGCAUGUGGUCUUUGGCAAGGUGAAAGAGGGCACGAAUAUUGUGGAAGCCAUGGAGCACUUUGAGUCCAGGAAUGGCAAGACCAGCAAGAAGAUCAUCAUUGCUGACUGUGGACAAAUCUAAUAAAUUUGACUUGUGUUUUAUCUUAACCACCAGACCAUUCCUUUUGUAGCUCAGGAGAGCACCCCUUCACCCC